GACCCCUGCGCAAUACUCCACCCCAUCGUGGGCGCCAGAGACACGCUCUUGCACAGCUUCGUCAUCGUCGAGACGAGAUCCGAACAAGAAUGGCUGCAGCUCGUCCAGCCCUCGGGAUCGCCGGCUUGAUCCUGCUCGCCGGCUCGCUGGUGAUGCUCUGGUUCGUCAUCCUGUCCGGCGUGACGAACUCGACGCCGCUCAACCGCACCUACUUCCUGCGAGCCGACACGUCGGGCAUCACGGGGGCCCGCCCCGUCACGCAGUGGACCUUCUUCCGCCUCUGCGGCCUGGGCAACACCGACUGCCGCUCCUUUGCAGACCCGCCCAUCGGCAAGGCCUGGUCCAGUAACCCGACCGGCGCCCCCGCCGGCCUGGUCGGCAACCACGGCGGCGGCACCACCAGCUUCCACUACUUCUACAUGUGGCGCUUCGGCUGGGCAUUCUACAUCAUCACCCUCUUCUUCGAGACCCUCGCCUUCUUCGCCGGCUUCCUCGGCUGCUGCGGCCGCCUGGGCGCGGCCAUCUCGGGGUUCAUGGCCUUGAUCGCCCUGUUCUUCAACACCAUUGCUGUUUCGCUCAUGACUGCCGUCUUCGUCCAAGCCCGCAACGCCUUCAACCGCGACGGCCGCAGCGCCAGACUGGGCCGGUACGCCUUCGGCUUCUGCUGGGCGUCGUGGACGGCGCUGCUGCUCGCGACGGUGCUCUUCUUCAUCGGCGUCGGCGGCCGAAAGGACCGCGACUCGGGCCUGAACCGCGGCCAGAGCACCCGCAGCCGCAAGUCGUACGACCUCGGGGGCCGGCGCGUGAAGGACGAUUAUUCGUGAUAGGAAUUGAGAGAGAGCAAAAAUAAGGGAGGGGGUGGGGCAGAGGCGACGCGAGGUGAGGUCGUGUUGGUUUCAUCGCGCCGUCACUGCACCGUGGACGCUAGUAUGAGUGGCGCAUGGGAGGAGGCGUGGGAGGGAGAUAAUGUUUUGGCUGGUGCAUGGGCUUCAGGGAGGAAGCAUUGGCGUAAUGGACCCGGGGUCUGAUCCUGGGCAUAAGGGGUGGGUAUCUCGGCUACCAGGUGCUGGAAGGGGUAGGGGAUCAGGGGGACUACGGCCCAU